CUUCCCCCCACAGUCAUCCUGUCUCUCUACCUGCCCGUCGCGAUCUCCGGCUACGCAAUCCUCGGUGAUGACGUCGAGAGCAACAUCCUUCUCUCGGUGACGGAAGGAGUCGUCGUCCAGAUCGCCAUCAGCUUGGAAAUCAUCAAUCUCGUGAGCACUUACGUCAUCAGCAUCAACCCCGUCGUGCAGAGCGUCGAGGAAAUCUUCAAUAUUCCGAAUAAAUUCGGCAUCAAGCGGGUGCUCCUUCGCUCCAGCAUGGUCGUGGUGCAGAUGGUGAUUUGCCUCGCCGUCCCUGAUUUCGGCCUCAUCCUCAACCUCAUUGGAGGGUCUUGCAUCACCCUGAAUACCUUCAUUUUCCCUCCUCUUAUGUAUAUGAAGCUCAUGGACCAGAAGGAUCCUAAUUGGCCGGAAAGAACUAUGCCCUUAUGGGAACGUGUCUAUCUCAUCGAAAUCAUCUGCGUCGGAGUUGUUGGAGGCAUCGCAGCCACGGUCUCUGCCUUCAUCGCCAUCCUCGACCCAGACAACUUCGGGAUGAACUGUUUCGUUAACUUCAGCGGCGUUGAGGAAUAAGCGCAGGCGGGCAUUUUAUAAUCUGACCAACUGCAUGUUUUGCAUUUUUAUAUGUAAUAUUUGUCCUGAUCUUUAUAUAUCGAUACGACUGUUUGUGAGUAUGAGUGCUCGUUCAAUGUUUUCAUGUACAUUUUUAAGAGGUGGCAUUGCUCUGUGGUAGAGUGCUGGUUUUUACAAUUGUAAGGUCCUGGCUCGUACUCAGCUAGUCCCUUUCUGCCUCUCAGUUGUGAGUAUUGGCAUCAUGCUGGAGUCAAAAUCGGGGCAGAGAUGAUAUAGCCUCCUCACCACAUCAUCCCACAACUAGGCAUAUAUAUGUCCAUCUAUAGAUGUGUCCCCUACUUUCACUUGGAUGUGGGGCCACCUUGUGGAAUGCUGCCACCAGUUCAUUGUAUAUUUUGCUAUUUUCAUGUUUCAUAAUGUUAUGUAAUGAUAUCAAUAAAUGUUGACCUAGUGCUAAGUUUUA